UCGGGGUGGGCGGGGAGAGACGUCGUUCCCGGAAGUGUCGGGCGGCAGGGCGUGGCUGCGGCUGCCACGUUGGAGCUGAACGUGGAGGUGGCCCUGGCUGGGGAGGAGGGGUGGCGGCGAAUGCUGGGAGAGUCCGACCGACGCUGCACUAAGGCAGGACUUGGCUUCCGAAGGUCCUCGCCAGGAACAUCUGCUCAGCAAUUGGAUGCAACAUUUAGUACCAGUGCUUCCCUUGAGAUAUUUGAAUUAGAUCUUUCUGAUCCAUCCUUGGAUAUGAAAUCUUGUGCCACAUUCUCCUCUUCUCACAGGUACCACAAGUUGAUUUGGGGACCCUAUAAAAUGGAUUCCAAAGGAGAUGUCUCUGGAGUUCUGAUUGCAGGUGGUGAAAAUGGAAAUAUUAUUCUCUAUGAUCCUUCUAAAAUUAUAGCUGGAGAAAAGGAUGUUGUGAUUGCCCAGAACGACAAGCAUACUGGCCCAGUAAGAGCCUUGGAUGUGAACAUUUUCCAGACUAAUCUGGUAGCUUCUGGUGCUAAUGAAUCUGAAAUCUACAUAUGGGAUCUAAAUAAUUUUGCAACUCCAAUGACACCAGGAGCCAAAACGCAGCCUCCGGAAGAUAUCAGCUGCAUUGCAUGGAACAGACAAGUUCAGCAUAUUUUAGCAUCAGCCAGUCCCAGUGGCCGGGCUACCGUAUGGGAUCUUAGAAAAAAUGAACCAAUCAUCAAAGUCAGUGACCAUAGUAACAGAAUGCAUUGCUCUGGGUUGGCGUGGCAUCCUGAUGUUGCUACUCAGAUGGUCCUUGCCUCUGAGGAUGACCGGUUACCAGUGAUCCAGAUGUGGGAUCUUCGAUUUGCUUCCUCUCCACUUCGUGUCCUGGAAAACCAUGCCAGGGGGAUUUUGGCAAUUGCUUGGAGCAUGGCUGACCCUGAAUUGUUACUGAGCUGUGGAAAAGAUGCUAAGAUUCUCUGCUCCAAUCCAAACACAGGAGAGGUGUUAUAUGAACUUCCCACCAACACACAGUGGUGCUUUGAUAUUCAGUGGUGUCCCCGAAAUCCUGCUGUCUUAUCAGCUGCUUCGUUCGAUGGGCGUAUCAGUGUUUAUUCUAUCAUGGGAGGGAGCACAGAUAGAUUAAGGCAGAAACAAGUUGACAAGCUUUCAUCAUCUUUUGGGAAUCUUGAUCCCUUUGGCACAGGACAACCCCUUCCUCCAUUGCAAAUUCCACAGCAGACUGCUCAGCAUAGUAUAGUGCUGCCUCUGAAGAAGCCACCCAAGUGGAUUCGAAGACCUGUCGGUGCUUCUUUUUCAUUUGGAGGCAAACUGGUUACAUUUGAGAAUGUCAGAAUGCCUUCUCAUCAGGGAGCUGAGCAACAGCAGCAGCAGCACCACCAUGUGUUCAUUAGUCAGGUUGUAACAGAAAAGGAGUUCCUGAGCCGAUCAGACCAACUUCAGCAGGCUGUGCAGUCACAAGGAUUUAUCAAUUAUUGCCAAAAAAAAAUUGAUGCUUCUCAGACUGAAUUUGAGAAAAAUGUGUGGUCCUUUUUGAAGGUGAACUUUGAGGAUGAUUCUCGUGGAAAAUACCUUGAACUUCUAGGAUACAGAAAAGAAGAUCUAGGAAAGAAGGCUCUUAAAGACUCUGACCAAGUAGCACAAAGUGAUGGGGAGGCGAGCCCUGCUGCUGAAGAGCAGCUCUUGGGAGAGGUACUUAUUUUUUUUCCAUAUUAUAUCGGACAAAUUCGUGAUAUUUGUGUAUCACACAUUAAAAUAAGGAAAAUUUUCUUGACUACUUGUGGCAAAAUGAGGAAACUCUAUUUAACUUGGAUGUGUUAUUUUCUUGUUGCAGACAUUGAUGGUUUAAUUACUCAGGCUUUGCUGACGGGUAAUUUUGAGAGUGCUGUUGACCUUUGUUUACAUGAUAACCGCAUGGCUGAUGCCAUUAUAUUGGCCAUAGCAGGUGGACAAGAACUCUUGGCUCGAACCCAGAAAAAAUACUUUGCAAAAUCACAAAGCAAAAUUACCAGGCUCAUCACUGCAGUGGUGAUGAAGAACUGGAAAGAGAUUGUUGAGUCUUGUGAUCUUAAAAAUUGGAGAGAGGCUUUAGCUGCAGUAUUGACUUAUGCAAAGCCGGAUGAAUUUUCAGCCCUUUGUGAUCUUUUGGGAACUAGGCUUGAAAAUGAAGGAGAUAGCCUCCUGCAGACUCAAGCAUGUCUCUGCUAUAUUUGUGCAGGGAAUGUAGAGAAAUUAGUUGCAUGUUGGACUAAAGCUCAAGAUGGAAGUCACCCUUUGUCUCUUCAGGAUCUGAUUGAGAAAGUUGUCGUCCUUCGAAAAGCUGUGCAACUCACUCAAGCCACAGACACUAGUACUGUAGGAGUUCUCUUGGCUGCGAAGAUGAGUCAGUAUGCCAAUUUGUUGGCAGCUCAGGGCAGUAUUGCUGCAGCCUUGGCUUUUCUUCCUGACAACACCAACCAGCCAAAUAUCAUGCAGCUUCGUGACAGACUUUGUAGAGCACAAGGAGAGCCUAUGGCAGGACACGAAUCACCUAAAAUUCCGUAUGAGAAACAGCAGGUGCCCAAGGGCAGGCCUGGAUCAGUUGCUGGCCACCACCAGAUGCCGAGAGUUCAAGCUCAGCAAUAUUAUCCCCAUGGAGAAAAUCCUCCACCUCCAGGUUUCCUAAUGCAUGGAAAUGUUAAUCCAAAUGCUGCCAGCCAACUUCCCACAUCUCCAGGUCAUAUGCACACACAGGUACCACCUUAUCCACAGCCACAGCCUUAUCAACCAGCCCAGCCGUAUCCCUUUGGAACAGGGGGGUCAGCAAUGUAUCGACCUCAGCAGCCUGUUGCUCCUCCUACUUCAAACGCUUACCCUAACACCCCUUACAUAUCUUCUGCUUCCUCCUAUUCUGGGCAGUCUCAGCUGUACGCAGCACAACACCAGGCCUCUUCACCUACCUCCAGCCCUGCUACUUUUCCUCCUCCCCCUUCCUCUGGAGCAUCCUUCCAGCAUGGCGGACCAGGAGCUCCACCAUCAUCUUCAGCUUAUGCACUGCCUCCUGGAACAACAGGUCCUCAGAAUGGUUGGAAUGACCCUCCAGCUUUGAACAGAGUACCCAAGAAGAAAAAGAUGCCUGAAAACUUCAUGCCUCCUGUCCCCAUCACGUCACCAAUCAUGAACCCGCUGGGUGACCCCCAGUCACAGAUGGUGCAGCAACAGCUUUCAGCUCCAGUACCACUGUCAAGCCAGUCUUCAUUCCCACAGCCACAUCUUCCAGGUGGCCAGCCCUUCCAUGGCAUACAGCAACCUCUUGGUCAAACAGGCAUGCCACCAUCUUUUUCAAAGCCCAAUAUUGAAGGUGCCCCAGGGGCUCCUAUUGGAAAUACCUUCCAGCAUGUGCAGUCUUUGCCAACAGAAAAAAUUACCAAGAAACCUAUUCCAGAUGAGCACCUCAUUCUAAAGACCACAUUUGAGGAUCUUAUUCAGCGCUGCCUUUCUUCAGCCACAGACCCUCAAACCAGGAGGAAGCUAGAUGAUGCCAGCAAACGUUUGGAGCUUCUGUAUGAUAAACUUAGGGAACAGACACUUUCACCAACAAUCACCAGUGGUUUACACAACAUUGCAAGGAGCAUUGAAACUCGAAACUACUCGGAAGGAUUGACCAUGCAUACCCACAUAGUUAGCACCAGCAACUUCAGUGAGACCUCUGCUUUCAUGCCAGUUCUCAAAGUUGUUCUCACCCAGGCCAAUAAGCUGGGUGUCUAAAAAGACAGCUUCUCUUCCACUCAAUAUUGCCAUUUUCCAAAGAAACAUGUUAAAGAAAAAAAAUUAUAAGACAUGGACCAGUCCUUAUUAGCAUGUUUCAUAGCAACCAGUCAAGAGCAUUUACACUAUUUCUGCAGAUAUACUUACCUUAGAACUGCUCAGAACCCUGGUGCUUUAUUUUUGUUUUAAUCUUUUGUUGCCAGUGAUGAUUUUCCUAUUCUGCAAAUAGUGUAUUUCCUGGAUUACACAUAGUAUGGUUUCCGGAAGUAUUCUGAUAAAUGUGUUUUCUAAAACCUCAAUAUACUUUUUAGAAAAGGAGCAUCUGGUUAUGCAUAAAGCAGAGCUAAAACUAAAUUUCUUUCUUGUCCUCCCUACUUCCUCCAUGUCAAUCAGAUUAAAGUGUGUAAUCCUA